ACCUCGCUCUGCUAAAGUCUAUCAUGUCAUGUUAUUUGCCGGCGGGUUGACUUAAAGUCGAUUGGUUAAGUCGAAUGCGUACUGAUUAGUUAUUUGAAUAUUGGAAGUGGAAAAACAAAUCUGUUCUUUGUUUGUUAUUGGAAUCUCAGGCUUUAAGGUUGUCUUGAAUAGAACCAAAUUUCCCAGAGAUGGAACCAAUAGCCUAUGAACAGAGCCCAGUCCAAGAGUUAUACAGGUUCCGUAACUUGGUUUCUGAUCCAGAUGACAUUGUUAUACCUGCCAGACCUGAGACCAGGCGCGUAACUGACAAAAAAUUUACAAUUGUGUUCAUCAUUGGCUUGAUUAUAUUGGUUCCCUUCCUUGCUUACACGUUGAUGCAUUCAGAUCCAAAUAAUUUGAGGUUAUAUGAUGAUUGUGGUAACUUCUGUGGCGAAGAAAAUAAGCAUUACAGUGAGUGGAAUUGUACAGGAAAGGAUUUCAGAAAUAAGAAAUAUUUAGGUAUGAGACACAGAACAUUUUCUUCUGGGAUAGAACACAAAUCAACCAGAGAAUGUAUUGAAAACUGCACAAAUGAAUAUUAUUCAUGUGAGGAUUCCGAUACUUCUAAAAAUUUCAAGAAACUUUUGAACAAUAUAGAAGAAGGAACAUGGACCAUAAUAAUAUCAUUAGUGACAUGCAGUGCAUUAUGUUUGGUUAUGCUCCUUCUUUUCAAGUAUGCUGUUGAUUUUACUGUUUGGUUUCUUCUCAUUAGUUAUAUCGGUUUUACUGCAAUUGGAGCGUUUUGGUCUUGGUAUGUGUAUCUGAACUACAGUGCCAAAAAAAAAAAUUCUGAUGGUGCAAUAUCAAUGUUGAGGUUGGCCAUUGUUUUAAGCAUUUGCACUGUUGUAAUGAUGGGUCUUUUACUAUUUUUCAUCAAAAGGGUGAAACUGAUCAUUCAAUUGUUCAAAGAAUCAGCAAAAGCGAUUUUUGAGAUUCCUGGUAUGGUUUUUUUACCCUUUCUGACUUUCUUCCCUGUGACUCUGAAUGUGAUCCUUUAUAUUGUUCUAUGCUUUUACAUAUUCACGGCCAGAACAUUACAAGAUUUUGGUAACCACCUGGAGUAUGAUUUUGAUGGAGCAAUGAUUUUCACGUUUAUCUUGAAUAUUUUCAUAUUCCUCUGGAUUGCAUACUUUAUGUGUGGAGCACAAUAUAUGAUCAUUUCUGGAGCAGUUUCCUCUUGGUUUUUCACUAGGGACAAGAAUUACUUGGACCGCCCAUUGAGGACUUCUUUCAUGGUUUUCGUCAAAUAUCAUUUGGGCACAGUUUUUCUUGGAUCCUUGAUAAUAGCAAUUGUUACAUUCAUCAAGGCGAUUUUGAGAGCAUUGUCUUCAAAUAACAGGACUCGUUGGAUUGUUGAAUGCUGCUGCAACGAAAUUAUUGCAUUCUUGAGACUAUUCUCCAAAAAUGCUUACAUUCAAACAGCGAUGCAUGGUCAGCCGUUCUUUAAAUCUGGAGGACGAGCAGUGAGUUUGCUGGUCUCCAACGUUGAGAAUGUCAUCGCCAUCAACUCCCUUGGUGACUACGUCCUAAUUAUGGCUCAGAUUUUAAUUAUUGUUAUCAAUGGUUUCCUAAGCAAUUUAAUCGCUCAGGCAUCAGGGAAUGAGAACGUUGAUAUCAUUGUCACAAUUUGUUUGGUUUUCAACAUUUUUAUGGUUAUAACAUUCUUUGGCAUAUUCGAGGCUACCAUAGAUUCAAUGUUCAUGUGCUUCUGCGAAGAUUCGCUCAUCAAUGAUGGUAUGGCCAGGCCAUACUGCAUGACUAAAGGGCUACGUCAAUUGAUUGAAAAUAGUAAAACUGUUUUCAAAUAGAAUAACUAGACAGGAAAAAACGUUUUUAUUUUUUUUAUAUCAAUUUAUUGAAUGUUUAUAAUAUUAGUACAGUGUUUUUCUGUGAAUAAAAUCUUUUAACUUAUAAAA